AUGCCAAAUUAUGUUAAAUUCCUCAAUGACAUUCUAGCCAAGAAGAGGAGGCUAGAGGAGUUUGAAACAGUAGCUCUAACAAAGAAAUGCAGUGCCAUCUUAACAGGUAAACUUCAUCAGAAAAUGGGAGAUCCAUGGAGCUUCACUAUCCCUAUGUCAAUAGGGGGCAAGAAUGUAGGAAAUGCCCUAUGUGACUUAGGCGCGAGCAUAAACUUGAUCUCUUUGUCCUUGUAUCAGAAGUUUACAAUAGGGAAGGCACGCCCCACCACAAUAACACUGCAGCUGGCUGAUAGGUCCAUCACACGUCUAGAGGGAAAGAUAGAAGAUGUGUUAUUACAGGUGACAUUUUCUGUUUUUAAUGCUAUUAAGUAUCAUGCUAACAUGGAAGAAUGUUCUUUGUUGAGAAUAGCAGAUGACUUGCUGACAGAGGAGAUGCAACUUGAGGAGUUGUUAGAUCAGUUGGAAGAGGAGCUGCGCAUCAUCUUCGAGAAGGGAGAAAGAAGCAAAAUUGCUCAAGCUCAAUGA